GUACAAGCCCUGAGCUUUAAACGCGCGCGUCCGUGUUACAGCUGUGCACAGCGCCAUGGACCACCUUGCCCGCCCCUGCCGCGCCGCCCUGCUCCCGAAAGGCCUCUUGUUCCUCCUCCUGCUGCUAAUGCUGCUCUCGGACCCGGCGCUCCCGGCCCAGAGACAUCCCCCUGUGGUGCUUGUGCCCGGUGAUUUGGGCAAUCAGCUGGAAGCAAAGCUGGACAAGCCAAAGGUCGUGCACUACCUUUGCUCCAAGAAGACGGACAGUUAUUUCACACUCUGGCUGAACCUUGAGCUGCUGUUGCCCGUCAUCAUUGACUGCUGGAUUGACAAUAUCAGACUGGCCUAUAACCGAACAUCUCGGGCCACUCAGUUCCCUGAUGGUGUGGAUGUGCGUGUCCCUGGCUUUGGGAAGACCUUCUCAUUGGAGUUCCUGGACCCCAGCAAAAGCAGUGUGGGUUCCUAUUUCCACACCAUGGUGGAGAGCCUUGUAGGCUGGGGUUACACACAGGGCGAAGAUGUCCGAGGGGCCCCCUAUGACUGGCGCCGAGCCCCAAAUGAAAACGGGCCCUACUUCCUGGCCCUCCGAGAGAUGAUCGAGGAGAUGUACCAGCUGUAUGGGGGCCCCGUGGUGCUGGUUGCCCACAGCAUGGGCAACAUGUACACGCUCUACUUUCUGCAGCGGCAACCCCAGGCCUGGAAGGACAAGUACAUCCGUGCCUUUGUGUCACUGGGCGCACCCUGGGGGGGUGUGGCCAAGACCCUGCGUGUCCUGGCCUCAGGAGAUAACAACCGAAUCCCUGUCAUUGGGCCAUUGAAGAUCCGGGAGCAGCAGCGGUCUGCUGUCUCCACCAGCUGGCUGUUACCUUACAACUAUACCUGGUCACCUGACAAGGUAUUUGUGCAUACACCCACAACCAACUAUACACUGCGGGACUACCACCGGUUCUUCCAGGACAUUGGCUUUGAAGAUGGCUGGUUCAUGCGGCAGGACACAGAAGGGCUGGUUGAAGCCAUGGUGCCACCAGGUGUGCAGCUGCAUUGCCUCUAUGGGACUGGUGUGCCCACGCCAGAGUCUUUCUAUUAUGAGAACUUCCCCGACCGGGAUCCGAAAAUCUGCUUUGGUGAUGGUGAUGGGACUGUGAACUUGGAGAGCUCCCUACAGUGUCGAUUGUGGCAGAAUCGCCAGGAGCAGCAGGUGUCACUGCAGGAGCUGCCUGGCAGCGAGCACAUUGAAAUGUUAGCCAACGCCACCACCCUGGCCUACCUAAAACGUGUGCUCCUUGGGCCUUGAUUCCUGGGCCAGGCUCAAGUUGCUGGAUGGCUCAGCCACGGGGCUUCUCUUGGCCCACAAACUUAGCAGAGUUUGUGACUGACCAUUCAAAGUCCUGGGUCUUGGACUGUGACGUGUCUGGGGGAAGUGUUCUUUCUUAUCUUUCUGUGGCAGUGGGGAAGGAAGAAAAGAGUGUGGACUCAAGGGAUCCUUGAUAGAAUGAAAUGCUGUGACCUCACACUGGCUCAGCAGGGUGGGUUGCUUGGCACCUGACUCCAUUCCUCAAUUUGGGGACUAUGCAGUCCUGCUAACCCAUGGACUUUCCUACAUUUGUCCACUGGACCCUGGACUUCUCGUGAGGGUUAUUUUUGAGCUGUGGUCCUUGCUUGCAAAGGUUUCAGGUGAUUCUUCCCAUACACUGGCUUCUGGCCUACCACUGGUUGUGGGUGGCAGGAGCUGCUGGCUUCCUCGUGGCCUCUCUGCUGGACAGCCCAGUAUUCCCCUGCAGGCAGGGUCAGUUUGGAGGUCUUCUCCGUGGUUCCCAGGUCUUGGGACAUUCACUCCACUCCUACCUCUCAUCUCCAGAAACAGCCUACUUAUGGAAUGGGCAGCAGUUCUGGUGGCUGUCUCUCAGGAGUUCUGAUCUGUUUGGUUGUGUUAUGGAUUCCAGUAUUAAAGCUGCCUCCUAUGGCUCUGGCUCUGUGGUCCAAGGACAGCAGGACCCAGUGCUUUAUUCUUCUAGGUGCCUGUAAGAAAGGGAACUCAAAGCAACCACGGUUGCUCAGAGCUAUCCUGAGCUGUGUGCAAACCCCACCACCCUGCUGACCUCUGCCCUAGAGUCUUUCUAGUGCCCAGCUGGGCUGGCACAGUACUAAGAGAUGAUGGGACUCCUGCCAAUUACCUGUUGUUUCCACUGAGUGAUAUUUAACCUGCAGGGAUUGGCCCUUUCAAGGGCCAGGAUCCUAGAGCCCAGGGAUGCUGCAGUUUCCCAGUGAGAACAGGGAACUGCCUUAAUGGAACUGACCAUUCAAAGUUCUGGGUCUUAGGUUGUGAAGCCUCUGGGGCAGUUUCUUAUCUUUCCUCUAUGGCAGUGAAAAGAA